CGUCACGCGAUGCACUUCCUGGUCGAGUCCUCGCGCGGCAACUCAUGUCAACAAAACGACGUUUCACCCGAACACCUGGAUUAAAACGGUGCAGGAUCCAUGGAACCUCCGGACUCUUCAGAUCACGGCGGCGUCCUCAACUCCAUCCAAGAGCGCACCAUCACAGAGAACAGCAUGGUGGUGCUGCUGCAGGGCCUGGCGGGUCAGGUGACCACCGUGGACCUGAGGAACGAGAGCACGGCUCGCGGCCGCGUCCUUAACGUGGACGCGUACAUGAACGUGCGCCUGAAGGACGUGCUGUACCGGGACCGACACGGGCGUCUGAGCAAGCUGGCGGACAUGUUCAUCACGGGCAGGAACGUCCGCUACGUUCACAUCCCCGACCAGGUGGACAUCAUCAAGACCAUAGAGAGCCAGCUGGCCAAGAUCCAUCGUGUGAGGAACUUCUCUACAGGACGGAAAGAGUACCCCAAGAAGUAGCGCUGGGUCACCCGAACCUGCUGCUGCAUGUCCUCACCGCAGCUCCUUCAUUCACCAACAUCGAUGAGAAAUGAUUCACAGUUAAGUCUCAGUUAAAUGUUUGUACGAUGACUGUGAGGAUGUGUACAUUAGCUGCUGUGAUCUAAAUAUGUUUUACUUGCUUUCUCUGCUUUGGUAUUCGACGUUUUGUUGUUUCCUAUUUAACAGUAAAUGGAUAUUAUUUUGUGAUCUCAACAUUA